GUCAAGAGUUUAAUCAAUGGUAAAUAUAAGAUCGUGGAUCGUCAAUGGAGUUCGGUGACGAACUGCCAAAAUCGGGUUACGAAAACGAACUAAAUGUCACAGUGAAGUAUCGAAACGGGCGCAAAGCUCGUAGUUGAAGAAUCGCGCGGUGUGCUUUUAUUAUGUGUUUUGCAUUAACCUCAUUCACCUGAGAGCAACUUUUCGGGAGUUUUCGCGAGUUUUCCCAGAGAAGGCGAGACAGGGUGGUUUUAUGGACUAAGCCAACUGGCGUUUCAUCGAGCAGGUGUCUGUGACGUCACGAAACAUGUUAACAGUCACCACAGUCACUUCCUAGAAAUGUGCACGUUUUGAAUCAUAACGUCGCUUCGAAAAAAAACAAUCGCGCUUCAAGAAGAACUCUCAAGUAACAACGAAUCUUUACAAAUAUUGGAGGAUUUCAUUUUCGUCAUUUGCUGAUUUCUCAUCGUAAAUUUACAUUUCCAAAACAUGUCCAAGAGCAAACCUCAUCAUCACUUUGACAACGGCAUUGUCGCUGUCAAAAGCAAGUUUGAUGCGGAUAUUAUCAGAUUUUCAAUAACUCGUAAUGAGCCAAUAAGUUAUGAAGAUUUUCGGAAGUUAUUGACUGAAAGGCACGACAUUGGACCUGACUUGAAUGUUCACAUUUUGUACACUGAUCCUGCUGAUCAUGACUUAUUGCCAAUUAACAAUGACAACAAUCUCGCGAGGGCUCUACUCGCGGCGAAACCGCUUCUUCGAAUCUGCAUACAAAGAAAGGGUGACGAUAUCGACGACACAAAUGGAUACGGAACGAUGAAGCCGAAGAAUCUCAUUUCGAGUAUUUUAGGUGGGACACCUGCAAAAGCAAAGACUCCGAUCAUAUCAAAUCCUCAUGAUUUCCGACAGGUUUCUGCGAUAAUUGAUGUAGACAUUUUGCCUGAAACAUGUCGCCGUGUUCGAUUGUUAAAACACGGCUCUGACAAGCCCUUAGGAUUUUAUAUUAAGGACGGUGAAAGUUUUAGAGUAUUACCACCUUCGGCAGGAGGUGGAAUUGAAAAAGUACCCGGAGUUUUUAUCAGUAGAUUAGUGCCUGGCGGUUUGGCGGAAAGUACUGGACUUUUGGCAGUUAACGACGAAGUUUUAGAAGUCAAUGGCAUCGAAGUCGCCGGGAAAACUCUUGAUCAGGUGACUGACAUGAUGAUUGCCAAUUCAUCGAAUUUGAUAAUUACUGUAAAACCGGCCAAUCAACGGGCAGCCUUGACUGCUCCGCGACGAGGUUCAUUUUCGCGAAAUAGUCAAGUGUCAUCAGGAAGUCACCAAUCAACACAAAGCGCAGCCACCGGCAGUGACGAAGACGCUGAUGAAAUAGUUGAUUUGACUGGCGUGACGCUACACGACGACGCUACCAGUUCUUCUUCCCAUCAUUUACACCAUCAUCAUCAUCAUUCACACAGUCAUUUUAGCCACGAUCAGGGAGUGUUGCAUCUUUAAGAAAAGAGUCACGAGAAUAAUUGAUGACUUUUCCGAAUUAUCCUCAAUUAGAAACAUUCAAUUUUUACUUAAACCUCUCAAUUUGUUUACAUUGAAAACUGUAGGAAACUAAUGAGAAAGAAAUAAUUGCUAUACAUAAAUUGAUAAAAUUAUUCCUUAAAUAGGAAAUUAUUUCUUCAGUUGAAAGACGUUUUCUUUGUUCAUAUAUAAGAAAAAAAUUUUUUUGAGAAAACUUUGAAAAGAUGGAUUAAAUUUGAGAGAAAGGGAGAGCUUUAGUGUGUUCAAAAUUCACUGAGAGUAAAUCAAUUUUCAAGAUUAAGAUUAGUAUAAUAUUGAAACGAAGGAAUAUUGUCUGACAUUUUUAAUAUUGAAUUUUCAAUGAAUUGAAAUUUUUAACGUCGUCUUCCUAUUUAAAUGCAAAAUAUUGAUCGAAUUUAUAUUUUAUUAAAUUAGAAUGUUUCCUUUAAAUUAU